AUGACACCGCGUUAUCAGCAGAACCAAGACUACCCCCCACCACAGCAUCAACAAACAGUACCGCGAACAGAGACGCGAAGACCAUGGUAUAUCCAACAACGACCGUAUUAUACUCCAUCACAUAGACCACUGCCCCAGAAUGCAGUCCAUCCAAACACAGCAGGAACAUUUGGAGGAUCAGGUGUACCUAUGGAGAUUGGGAGUUCCAACACGCAGAGACAACAUCGGCCCAACCCAAAUGUUACUUGUUACAACUGUGGCGAACGAGGCCACAUUGCUAGAAAUUGCCCACAUGGAAAGAUGGCAAUACGAUAUAUGGAAACGGAGGAAACCAAAGACACUCCCACUACAUCGUCAUUAAAAGAAAUCGAAGCGCCCCCGAAGGAUUUUCAGAAAGGUCAGGAGUGA